ACCGCACUUCAAUUUUUCAUCCACUUUUCUCAUUUGCUUCUUCCUUUUCCAGAUCGUCUCCCUCUCAAUUGCCAGAGGGGAAGAUAGUGUUUAUGUAAAUCACAGAUGAAGAUAAUGUUGCCAAAUUUUGCGGUUUGCAUUGCCAUCGGUGCACUUUUCAUUGCCAUUGCCGGUGCCGAAGAUCCAUACAGAUUCUUCAACUGGAAUGUCACAUAUGGCAAUAUCUACCCCCUCGGUGUUCGUCAACAGGGGAUUUUGAUUAAUGGACAGUUUCCUGGACCUGAUAUUCAUUCUGUUACGAAUGACAAUCUCAUCAUCAACGUCAUCAACAGCUUAGACGAACCUUUUCUCAUCUCCUGGAAUGGAGUUCAACAAAGAAGGAACUCUUUCGAAGAUGGGGUCUAUGGAACAACUUGCCCAAUUCCUCCCGGCAAAAACUUCACAUACAUUCUCCAGGUAAAAGAUCAAAUUGGAAGCUUCUACUACUUCCCUUCUCUAGCGUUCCACAAAGCUGUUGGUGGUUUUGGAGGCAUCAGAAUUCUUAGUCGUCCAAGAAUCCCUGUUCCAUUCGAUGAACCUACGGAUGACUUUACUGUUCUUAUUGGAGAUUGGUAUAAAUCUAACCACACGGCCUUGAAAGCAAUUUUAGACCGGGGGCAUAAGCUUCGGUCUCCUGAUGGAAUUCUUAUUAAUGGACGGGGGCCAAAUAGCGCCUCCUUCACCGUUCAACAAGGAAAAACUUACAGGUUAAGAAUAUCAAACGUGGGGUUGCAAAACUCGCUUAAUUUCCGGAUUCAAAAUCACAGGAUGAAACUUGUGGAGGUCGAAGGAACACACACUGUCCAACAGAUGUAUUCUUCUCUUGAUGUCCAUUGCGGGCAGUCUUACUCCGUGCUGUUCACAGCUGAUCAACCAAGUCAAGACUACUACAUUGUCGUUUCCUCCCGGUUCACCACCCCAACCCUCACCACGACUGGAGUUCUUCAUUACAGCAACUCUGCUCGCAAAGUCUCUGGCCCAAUCCCUGGUGGACCAACCAUCCAAGUCGAUUGGUCCCUCAACCAGGCCCGCUCCAUCAGGACCAACCUUACAGCAAGUGGACCAAGGCCGAACCCACAAGGUUCAUACCAUUAUGGUAUGAUCAACACCAGCCGAACCAUCAUCAUCCAAAGCUCGGCUGGACAAGUGAACGGCAAGCAGAGAUAUGGACUCAACAGUGUCUCAUUCAAGCCUGCUGACACUCCCCUGAAACUUGCUGAUUAUUUCAACAUCGGAGGAGUUUUCCGAGUUGGAAGCAUUUCCGAUAAGCCCACCGGAGGGGGCCUUUAUCUUGAUACCUCUGUCAUGGGGGCUGAUUACAGAACUUUCGUUGAGAUUGUCUUCCAAAACCCUGAAGAUAUUGUACAAAGCUAUCAUCUUGAUGGCUACCAGUUCUUCGUUGUAGGAAUGGAUGGAGGAGUAUGGACUCAAGCUAGCAGGAACGUAUACAAUCUUCGAGAUGGCGUUGCUCGCAGCACCAUCCAGGUAUACCCAAAAUCAUGGUCUGCAAUUUACAUACCACUUGAUAACGUAGGUAUGUGGAACUUAAGGACAGAGUUCUGGGCACGCCAAUAUCUGGGCCAACAGUUUUACCUACGUGUUUAUACCAACUCGGGCUCGAUCAGAGACGAAUUCCCAAUCCCCAAGAAUGCACGUCUUUGUGGGAGGGCAAGCGGCCGUCACACUCGACCACUCUAAUCUUCCCACCAAGCAGCCCUUAACUCUAGCCAAGGUGAGUUAAGAGGUUGAGUUUAGAUUCAAUUUAUAGAAUCAAUUUAAGAGUUUAGAAAAUAGUGUGGUUUGCUAAAAUUUAUAGUUGUGGUGCUACAUAAGCACUACAUCUCAUAUAUUACUAUGACUGUUUAUGACCUUAUCUCGAGGUCACAUUUAUUGCAUUUUAUAUUUUAUUUCCACUUAAGUGGAGAUAUUUAAUUUUCUGUUUUUAUUAGAAAAAGGAGCAUUUAUUAUUGUAAUAAACUAAACCAAAUGGUUGUAGGAAAUUGGUGAUUCUCUAUCUUGUUGCAUUUUCUUGACACGAUUUCA